GUGGAACCGAACUGGAAGUCUACUGUAAGCCAGCUGGUUGCUGCUGGCUCUUCCCGCCGCUGCCAAAAAAGUUGAGAUACUGCAUGAAAGAAUAAGGUGGAUGAGAAGCAGGUGGUGAUCACCGAUCUAUAUACACCAUGCCACCCAAAGUACCCGGCGUGCAACGCCUAAACACCUUUUCAAUAUGUCUUCGUCCAGCGGUUAAACCGCCAACGCCCGCUUUCCUACCAAUAACGCAGACCGCAUCAAUGUCGCAAAAGGAGAAGAGACGCCUGGCGAAGCAGGACCCUUACCGAUGGGCCCAGAUGCAGCAGCGCAAGAAUGCGCACCUAGAACGUCGCCAGGAAAUCGUAGAAGCCCGAAAACAGCAAAGGGGCGAUCCCAUCCGUGGUAUCACGACACCUUUCAUCGAGUCCUUUGACUCUGCCGGACAGGCGCCUCUUUCUAAGCCAGUCGUCGACGAGGAUGGAAACUCUAUACAAGAGGCGCAUCCUCUCCCGACAUCACCGCACGUCCUCAAUAACCUAAUACACAAAAGCGAGCUGGAUGCGGCGAUCGAGAAUGCCUACGUUUUGACGAAACCUAUGCAUACGGAAUAUACUCUUGCAAAUCCCGAAGCGUGGGAGGAGAGAAUAAAGCAACACGAGGCCCAGCAUACGAGGGCAGUUGAGGCGUUACGGCGUAUCGUAGACUUGGAAAAGGGCUCUUCCAAGGAUCGACGUCACGCGAAUAUUCGAAGAUGUAUUGAGACCUUUGGCCGGCAUGAGACCGAUCUAACUCUCCCACCCAAACCUCUUUCUCGGGGCCAGGAGAGAGAAGAGCGACCAGUUCGUGGAGGACCCGAUACAGGUAGCAGCGAAGUUCAGAUAGCAAUCUUGACGGCUAAGAUCCGAGCCCUGGCAAACCAAUUGGAGCAGGGUAGAGGAUAUAAGGAUAAGGUCGGAAAACGCGACCUAAGGCUUAUGAUUCACAAGCGUCAAAAACUCUUGGACUACAUGGAAAGGAAGGAGAGAGGCAGCCCUCGGUGGCGUCAUAUGGUUGAGAAGCUUGGUCUGACUGAAGCGACUUACAAGGGCCAGAUCACAUUGUAGAUACAUAAACUGGGUGUAUAAUAGGGUGGUUUGAAGGAACAUGUACCUGUAGUGCCAUCUACUGUGUAAUAUACAAUAACGCCAGGGCUGGAGACGGCCCACCACAUGUCCACAUCACUGUCUUCUAGGAGCAUCAUGUUCAGCGCCGCUGGGUCAUGAUGUCGUUUUUACUUUUCGCCUGCACACUUUCAAUUCAUCCA